GGCCAGUACAGGGCAGGGGCUGUCGCCCGGGAUUCCUCAGCCUCUAGCCUGGGUAUUCCUGCGCAGUCAACCACACGGAGUGAAGGAACUGCAUACACUCAGGGGCUCCUGGCCGCGCAGACUCUUCCCAGCACACACACAUUCCCAGCCCCAAGACUGGAGGCUCUGUAUGUACUGGGCGGAAUACUACCAGUGCGAUAGCGUGCACUUUUUCCAGCUAGAACGACUGGGACCCAGCGAGAACUAGAGCGCGCAAUGGGAGGGAGCUGCGCUCAGAGGCGCCCGGCCGGCAGGCGGCAGGUACUGUUUCCCUUCCUGCUACCUUUGUUCUACCCCGCGCUCGGUGAGCCGAUCCGCUACGCGAUUCCCGAGGAACUGGCCAAGGGUUCGGUGGUGGGGAACCUCGCCAAGGACCUCGGGCUCAGUGUCCUGGACGUGUCGGCUCGGAAGCUGCGAGUCAGCACGGAGAAGCUGCUUUUCAAGGUAGACGCAGAGAACGGGGACUUACUAGUGAAGGACCGAAUAGACCGCGAGCAGAUCUGCAAAGAGAGAAGAAGAUGUGAGUUGCAGUUGGAAGCGGUGGUGGAAAAUCCUUUAAACAUUUUUCAUAUCAUUGUGGUUGUUGAGGAUAUUAAUGACCAUGCCCCACAAUUCCAUAAAGAUGAAAUAAAUUUAGAAAUCAGUGAAUCUGUCAUCCCAGGGACGGGAACAAUUCUUGAGUCUGCAAAAGAUCCUGAUAUUAGUACGAAUUCACUGAGCAAAUACCAGCUAAGCCCUAAUGAGUACUUCUCCUUAAUGGUGAAGGACGAUCCCGAUGGUGGCAAAUAUCCUGAAUUGGUAUUGAAGAAGACCCUGGACCGGGAAACACAAAGCUCUCAUCAACUGGUGCUGACAGCGUUUGACAGUGGAAGUCCACCACGAAGCAGCACAGCUCGGAUUCGAAUCCUGGUGGUGGAUGCCAAUGAUAACCCCCCAGUGUUCAGCCAAGAUAUGUACAGGGUCAGUCUUCGGGAAGGUGUACCCCCAGGCACCUCGGUGGUGAAGGUGAGUGCCACUGACCAAGACGAAGGCUUCAACGCUGAGAUCACCUACUCAUUCCUUGGUGUGGCUAAUAACGCCCAGCAUGUGUUCUCUUUGGAUUCUGCCACAGGAAACAUUAUAACUCAUCAGUCCUUGGAUUUUGAAGAAGUAGAAAGAUAUACCAUGGAUGUAGAAGCAAAGGACCGUGGGUCCCUCUCUACGCAGUGUAAAGUAAUCAUAGAAGUUCUAGAUGAAAAUGACAACAUCCCUGAAAUAAUCAUUACGUCUCUCUCUGAUCAAAUUUUAGAGGAUUCCCAUCCAGGAAUGGUUGUGGCCCUCUUCAAAACACAGGACCAGGAUUCCGGGGGAAAUGGAGAAGUCACUUGUAAUUUAAGUAGAGAUAUUCCAUUUAAGAUUCAUUCUUCAUCUAAUAAUUAUUACAAGCUGGUAACAGAUGGACCCCUAGACAGAGAGCAGACUCCGGAAUACAACGUCACCAUAACAGCCACUGACAGGGGCAAUCCGCCCCUAUCCUCCAGCACUGUCAUCACCUUGCACAUCACCGAUGUCAAUGACAACGCGCCGGUUUUCCACCAGGACUCUUACGUGGUUCAUGUGGCUGAGAACAACCCUCCAGGAGCCUCCAUCGCCCAAGUCAGCGCCUCCGACCCCGACCUGGGACCCAACGGCCACGUCUCCUACUCCAUCGUGGCCAGCGACCUGGAGCCACGGGCGCUGGCGUCCUACGUGUCCGUGAACACGCAGAGCGGCGUGGUGUUCGCGCAGCGCGCCUUCGACCACGAGCAGCUCACCGCCACGCUGCACCUGGUUUUCGCUGACAGCCUACAAGAAGUACUGCCCGAUGUCAGUGACCGUCCGGAGCCCUCUGACCCUCAGGCCGAGCUGCAGUUUUACCUGGUGGUGGCGUUGGCCUUGAUCUCAGUGCUCUUCCUCCUCGCGGUGAUUCUGGCGGUGGCCCUGCGCCUGCGAAGCUCUUCCAGCACCGCCACAGGAGGCUGCUUUGGGUCUGUUCUGUGCUCCAAAUCUGGACCCGAAAUUACUGGCAACUACAGUGAAGGAACGUUGCCCUAUGCCUAUAAUUUGUGUGUGCCUGGGGAUCAAACCAACCCCGAAUUUAAUUUUCUCACAUCUGUUGAUAAUUUUCCAGCCACACAAGAAAUUCUCAACAAAGAUAGCCCCUCUGCACUAAUGACUAGCAUUUUAACUCCUAAUGUUGAAGCAGAUAAGAAGACUUUUAAACAGGUAAGUAUUUAA